AUGGCGGUUGACGAUGACACGGAUGAUGAAGAAGGUGCACGCGAUGACAUUGAAGGACUGCUUAAUGAUGCAUUUGGAGAUGUAUCUCAUGCUGAGGGUGUUACUGUAGGUCAAAAUGAAGAGGCUAAAAAGUUUUACAAUUUAAUAGAUGGGGCAAGUCAAGAGUUAUACCCCGGUUGCAAGAAAUUUUCUACAUUAUCUUUUACCAUCCGUCUGUACUUGUUAAAGUGUUUGCACGGUUGGAGCAAUGCCUCCUUCACUUCACUUCUUGAGCUAUUGAAAGAGGCAAUGCCUAACAUUAACAUACCUUCAUCUUUCCAUAAGACAAAGUCUAUGAUAAGAGAUUUAGGUCUGGAUUAUAAAAAAAUUGAUGCUUGUCCUAAUGAUUGCCUCCUUGAUAAUAGCGAGAACCAACCUGACAAGAAAGGUCGUCCUAUUCCUGCAAAGACUCUGAGAUACUUUCCUAUAAUUCCAAGACUUCAGAGAUUAUUUAUGUGCUCAAAGACGGCAGCUAGUCUGAGGUGGCAUGAUGAGGAGCGCGUAAAAGAUGGGACGUUAAAGCAUCCUGCUGAUGGCUUAGCGUGGAAGAAUCUUGAUGAAAUCGAUGAAGAAUUUGCAAAAGAAUCUCGCAAUAUUAGACUAGGCUUGUCAAGUGAUAGGUUCAACCCAUUUCGUAGCAUGAACAUUUCAUGGAGCACGUGGCCCGUGAUGCUGAUGGUAUACAACUUGCCUCCGUGGAUGUGCAUGAAACCCGAAUAUUGUAUGCUUUCUUUGCUUAUUCCUGGGCCACAAUCACCUGGUAAAGACAUUGAUGUGUAUCUACAACCAUUGAUAGAAGACUUGAAGUUGUUGUGGGAAAAAGGAGUCAAAACCUAUGAUGCAUCAAAGAAUGAGACCUUUCAAAUGCGGGCAGCUCUUUUGUGGACAAUCAACGAUUUUCCUGCUUAUGCUAUGUUGUCUGGGUGGAGUACAAAGGGAAAGUUGGCUUGCCCUUGUUGCAACAAAAAUACCAGUAGCUUACAACUAAAACACAGUCGGAAGACAGUUUAUAUGGACCAUCAUGUCUUUUUACCCAUGGAUCAUCCAUGGAGAACCAAUACAAGGUCUUUUAAUGGGAAGCAGGAAUUAAGACCUCCUCCACCUGUUAUAGAAGGACCCGAACUUUUUGAGAUGCUACAAAAUGCUGAGAAUGUCUUUGGAAAGAAGCAAAGCAAGACAAAGGACCAUUUGAAUGCUCGAUAUGACUUAAAAGAUUUGGGUAUCUGGAAAAAUCUUCAACCAAAGGAGACAACAAAGCUACCUGAUGGCAGUGCUUCGAAUAUAUCACGCUGUGUACAUCUAGGAGAAAGAAAAGUUUCUGGGUAUAAGACCCACGAUGCUCACUUUAUGCUUCACUAUUUACUGCCAAUACCGAUUAAAAGCAUCCUUCCUGAUCAUGUGGCCAUUGCGUUGAUUCGACUAAGUUCCUUUUUUCGUCGCUUAUGCAAAAAGUUCAUCACACUGGAAGAGAUAGAUUUACUGGAGUUAGAGAUUGUGGAAACAUUAUGCCAGCUUGAGAGGAUCUUUCCCCCUAGUUUUUUUGACAUAAUGGUUCAUCUUCCCAUUCAUUUAGCAAAUGAGGUGAGAUUGGGAGGUCCGGUGCAGUUUCGUUGGAUGUAUCCUCCGGAAAGGUACAUGUGUACAUUAAAGUCAUAUGUUCGCAACAGAAGUCGGCCCGAAGGUUCUAUUGCAGAGGCAUAUCUGGCUGAGGAGUGCUUAACUUUCUGCUCAAGAUACUUGCAUGGAGGUGUGCAAACAAGACUUAAUAAGCGGCCUCGGAAUGAUGAUGAUCCUAACGAAGACGAAGUUGUGCCAUCAAAGUUGUUUUCUAACAAAGGUCGUUCGUUAGGCGUGGGAAAUGGAGAACCAAUUAAUCUAGAUGAUAGAUCAAUUGCUCAAGCCCAUGUGUAUGUAUUACACAAUUGUGAAGAAGUGGCAGAUUAUGUUAGAUCAAACCUAACUAUUAUUAAUUAUAGAGAGCAUGAGGAAGAGGUUAACAAUCAGCGAGGAACGAAAUGGAGAAAAGCAAAAGUUCACAACAAAACGUUCGUGCAGUGGUUUGAAAUUCGUGCGAGGGAUCCAAAUGUGCCUUUCUGGCUAAAAGAAUUAUCUCGAGGUCCAAGCUCUGUUGCAAGAAAAUUUUCUGGGUAUGUAAUUAAUGGAUACAGGUUUCACACGGUGGAACGUGAGGCAAGGAGAAAAACACAAAACAGUGGUGUCACAUUAACUGCUUUAACUUCAAGCUUUGCAAGUGCUAAAGAUCAAAGUCCAAUCCAAGACAAUGUAGCUUAUUAUGGCAGGUUGUUUGAGAUAGUAGAGUUAGACUAUUUUGGGCGUUUUAAGGUUGUCUUAUUUCGGUGUGAGUGGUACGAUGCUGGGAGAGAUAAGUAUGGUCUUACAUUUGUUCACUUCCAUAAGAAAUGCUUCCAGGAUGAACCUUUUAUACUAGCAUCUCAAGCACAUCAGUGUUUUUAUGUGCAAGAUCCAUAUGAACAUAACAAACAUUAUGUUAUGGAAACUGUCCCAAGAGACUUAUUUAAAACAGGCGACGAAUCUGAGUCUGAGGCCCGUCAAGCACACUAUAGUGAACAACACGAGCGUAUAAUGAGCCCUGCCAUACCAGCUGAUGAUGGUGAACUUAUUCUGGAGAGGACUGAUUUACGACCCACGGUUAUUGAAACGGUUCCCCAAGUGACUUCUGCCCAAGAAUAUGAGGCAGACUUCAUUGGAGAUUCUGAUUCUGAUUGGAAUAAGGAAUUUAUUGAUCUUAAAGCUACAUCAAGUAAGAAUUUGCUUAGACAAUUUGAGGCUAAGAGACAAAGGAUUGUAACUGAACGCAAGAAAUAUGAAAUGGAAGCUGCAGCUGUUAAUGACAAGGAUAAAUCAGAGCGAAGGGUGGAUGAACCAGAAAGUCAAUUGGAGAUGCGUGCAACCAAAGGACAGAAGAAUUCCACGUCAAAGAAGCUGGAUUUUAGUCAUUUGCAAAGCACAUUCGACUCUAUUAGCAAAAGGACUAACUCCACGCCUACCACCUUGGAAGUACAGCCAAACAUUCCACCGCAACAACCUGAAAAUAAAAAGAGAAAGGAGCUAUUGACUAUGCCUACUGCUGAGAAAUUCAAGAAUGGAGUGCAGGGUGGAAAAUCAACACAAGGCUUGAAGAAGUCUAAGCCUACAAACAUGGACGCAGAUGAACUUACAAGGAAGCUCGAAGCAAUCAACAUAGGGCAGCAGCAGAAUAUUCAACUCACAGAUGAAGAGACUUAA